CUCUUGCUGUUAAGUGAUUGGUGCUUUGUUAGGGUUGGAGUUAAAACCUACAGAAUGGUAGAUCUCCAGGAACAAGAGUUACGCAGUGAGACACUAACCACAGAAGAUGGUUCAGAAAUAAAACUACUGGGCUUUUGGAGCUUGCUGAUCUUGUCUACAGUAGCUGGGGUCUCAUGCUGCAGCUUCUCCUGGACCUUGACUUACUUUGAUUCUUUUGAGCCUGGCAUGUUUCCUCCAACACCACUGUCUCCUGCAAGACACAGAAAGAUGACGGGCCACUCCUUCCACAUCGGCUACAGCAUGGCCAUCCUGAACGGCCUGGUGGCAGCCCUCACCGUGGUCUGGUGUCUGUCCUGAACCCGGCUCUCCACCUCGGGCGUCCUGCUUGUACUCCCGCACACGUACAGAAAAUCCAUAACGUUCCCCCCCCCUCUCUUCUUGUCAGACGUUUCGAUUGUUUCCCACACGUGCCUCUGUGAAAUUGAAUAAACACAGCGGGUGUUGUGGUAUUACAGCUUGGGUUACAACACUGGCUAAAAUUAUCUAAAAAUAAAGUAGGGAAAGUGUAUAUGUAUACAGAUGUAUGUUCCUGAAAGAAUACAGGAAAAUGACUUUUGGUCAAUGGGGUUUGUUGCAUUUAAGUGCCUUUGGGGUCUAGGGGAAAGUACAGACUUUGCAGAUUUCAGUUUUAUACUUCGUGCCAAGGUUUUUUUUACAGAAUUGCCUUAUUUAGAGAGAUUAUUGCAGUGUUUUACGAUGCCGUGAGUCGCACACACUGAAACUAUGCACAUUUUAAGGUACAAAUUCAGAGUUACACUUGUUAGCAGCCCAGAAGGGCAAAACAGUUGUGUUAAAUAACUUUUAGAAAAGCAUGAAUCUUUAUACGUCGCUAUAGCAUUAAUAUUCACUUUUAAGAUUUAAUUUUAUUACAGGACAUUUUGCCACUACUUUCACUGGAUGUGUUUAUUGCGGAGUCUCAAUCAUGUUCUUCUCAGUUCUGAAAAAAGAAGAAAAAAAACCCACUGUUUGAGCAGACUUUCACCAUUCUUUUAAUCCAGAUGAUUAUCUAUUAACACUCACCUCAUGUAUUCAGUAUGAUGACCUAUUAGCACUCGUUUAAUGUAUUGAUAACCACUCGAGUCUGUUGAUGUUGUUUUUCUGCAGUGCAGGAGGCCAGGUGGCUUCAGUGUGAGGUUUCCUCUGCUCUGUCUGGGCUGCUCUCAUUAUUUGCUUUACUGCCUGCAUUUGUCUCCAUUCCUUUCAGAAGCUAAAGGGUAAUGUAAUGAGUCACUCCAGGAUUGAUGCAGCUUGAUGGCGUGCAACAGAAAAACUUCAUGGUUUUGUCACUUCGAUGUUUUGACGUUCUGUUGAAAUGGUCACGGAUACUGCUCACUUUGUAUUGAAUAAAAAAGCAAGGCAAUUCCAGAAGCUUUUGAAAUAUUUCGCCUUCCCUUGUCGCCCUUCAGCAGUGACUUUGUUUUCCUCUAUCUUUGAAGAAAAUGCUUGAAGAGAAAGCGGAUAUUUCAUCGAUUUGGUUUGGUGUUUAUGUAGAGUAGUUGACAGGGCAGGAAAGAUUUUUACUCAGUUGAGGAAAUGCUGAUUCACAGCAGAUGACUUGGUGGUGUGGUUGAAAUGACUUUCUCACAAAACAUCCACAGCCUUUCUGUUUUUGUGUCAACGAUUUCUGUAAAUUAUUUUUCAUAGAUUAUCUAUGUAGCCCUACCCUAAAAGACUGACAUUGAAUCCUGCUCAUUUUCUUUUCUACAUAACUGCUCUGUCCUGAUGUGUAGAUUUAAUGGAAUGAUGUGGGAAUAGACACACACAAAAGUGGAGAUGAAUAAUAUUCUGGUGUGGUAAAAAAGUUUUGGUUUUUUUACACCUGUAAUGACAUUGUUAUGAUAUUGUUAUGUGAUACUCCAGCCUUCUUUCUCAAUAUUGCAUGUCUGCAGUAUUAAUGUGAGCAAAUAUGCAUGUACCAUAGCUGCCAACUCUCACGCUUUCGGCGUGAGACACACGCAUUUGCCUGUUUUCACACGCACAUGCAAAUGCGUGUCUCACGCCGAAAGCGUGAGAGUUGGCAGCUAUGAUGUACUGAAUAGUGUUAGUUCAAUUAAUAUUCACACGUUCUCCCUACAAUUUACAUUAUGCUGUCUGCAAAACAUUUUGAAAUGUGUAAAGAAAAACAAGCUCAUUUCCACUAACCACUCAUGACGUUGGUGUAAUUUUCUCAUUACAAACAUGGGAUACACUGUACCUGUCAUAUGGCAUUUCAGAUGUCUGAGUCUUCCCUCUCUGUAAUGCAGUGUAUGACAGCGAACGCCUCGUGUGAACGGGGCAUUUUGGGCAACGCGUCCCUUUAGGGGACCGCUGUGUCGAGACUGGAAAUCUCGGACUCUGACGGCGUGGCCAUCACCCCUAAUGGAGCGAAACCCUCGGCAGAGGAACCCGUCUUGGCGCAUUUCUCAUUGAUUAUAGAGGGCUUUCUGACAGCUGUGGCGAGAGCGAAACAGGCAGCUAAUCCCACAGCCCACAGCCGCAGAACUCGGCUUGUUAUAAAAUGACGAAAUGCAAAAGUUGGUGCUUCAUUUAUCUCACGGUAUUGUGGGACAGCUUCUACCUAGCAGUCCAUGUAGGCCGACAUCUCGAUUUACGUGUAAGAUUCAGAAAAUUCUCAUUGCAACCAUAUUCAGCACUCGUAGAUGCUUUGGAAUAGCCUAUUUCUUAAAUAUUUACUCACCUAGUUACAUAGUUACAUUUAAAUAUGUGUGUUCCCACAUCCCAUGAUACUUUUACGCAUUGUGUAGUUUUACGCUCAAUCAAAUAUGCACAUUGAUCCUAUGAUUUAGAACAGGGCCCUGUUUCAAGCAGGAUUACUGAGUAAACUGGAUGAGUAAUAAACAGACUCAUCCAAAUUAGACUGAAUUGAUAGAAGUGAAAAGUAAAAAAGAGUUCCUGGUUGAAGACCUACUGUAGGUAAUUUGGUAAUCCUGCUUCGUGAUACUCCCCUCUGGAGACUGUAGCCAUGGCCCUGGAGAGCCACAGGAUCUGCUGCGCUUUUUUUUUUCUUUGUUACUCAGAUUAAUUAAAUCAGUUCAUUACACGUUUGUGUCAAGCUAACCUGGUUCCUUGGUUCUGAAUUAGUUGCUGUAGUUCUCCAGGAUGAGAGUUGCAAACCCGGAUUGAUAAUGACAUUUUAUCAAGGGCAAGGGCAUUGUUUAUUAUUCCAAAGUAAGAUUAAUAGUGUUAUAUACAUUCGUGUUGAGUUGGCCUUUACACUUGUCCCAAAACGGAAAGGUUGUAAUGGGAGGUGUAGCUAAUGAUAUUUUCUUUGUCCCAUGAAUUAGUGGUGUCUGAAGUUAGAAUGUUCGUCAUGUGUUAAACUUCAGCCGUAAUAUGAUUAGUUGGAACAUCACGCAUAGAUAAUAAAUUGACUGGGUUUUUAUUUUCGUCUCAGGGACAGGGCUAAUGGCAUUUCACGUGAGCCCGGGAGAACAAAGCAAUGUCACAGUUCUUGAGUGUAUGCACGCUCGUUUGGUAAUUGACGUUGCGUUAUGAUGCUCACUUAUUUAUGAACACCUGCUCCACUACUUAAAAUAGCUUGUGGACCUGCCUCUCAUCUGACGGUGCAAACCGUAUGGGACCUCAACUUCCGAGGGGGGAGAAAGAACUCUCUGGGCCACAGAUGCAAGUUCCAAGUGCCACUUAAUUUUAUUUUUAACAUUUCUCCGAGAACACUCCUUUUAUUAUUCAUUAAAACUGAUUUUCAAUUUCCUGGAGACUAUCGCUAAUUUUUCUUGUUUCUCACAAUGUCCUUUUGGGUAACCGAGUGUACUUUUUAAUGAGUAUUUCUUAAUUUGCUUGGAAAAUCAUACCCACUUAUCUCAGAUAAUGCGAACAUUAGACGUAAUAAUGCUGACAUUGGAAGCGCACGAAUGACAGCCGAAGAUUGUGCUGGUGUCCUUGCAUGAAAUACGAUCUAACCUAUGAGUGAACCAUUGUCGGUAUGUACAGCCAAUUACAGUAGGUCAUUUAGCCAGCGUAAUUGGUGGAAACAAAGACCUGUAUACUCACCGGCCCUCCAGGACUGGGAUCGCCCACCCCCGCUUUAUAUGCACGUUUAUGUCAUUCGGGAGUUUAUCGUCUGUGUAUAACCGCUCAAUAGUGCCCUGGCAACUGCACUCAAUGAGAUCUCCUGUUUACAGCACUGAUACAUCAUAUUGCUAUCAGAACAACCAACAAAGAAAAUAGGAAACACGAUUGCUUUAAAUGUGCUUUCCAAGUUCACAGUCUGUACUAAAUGUCUUCAGGGAACUUUCUUUUCGGUAAAAAAAUGAACUGAGGCAAAAUUAGGCUAGCUGCCUGACACUCGAAAAUAUUUGAAGAGUCACGCAUCAUUUAUUUGGCAACCUUUAUGAUCACAGAUUGUAAAUUAGAUACUAUGUUAAACUGCCUGUGUCUCCUGCUCCCUCUCCCUCCCUUAUUAAAUUAGAGCCAUCCCAAAUGCUCAGCGCAGUCUUAUCUCCAGGAAACAUUUGGGCUUCCGCCAGCUCCGGGCUGGCUGUCGCUUGGGUUGGAACGGCCAUGUUCUCUCCACACAUGGCUGCGGCCUCGCUGCCGCUGCCAGACCAUCAUGCACCAUCUACUCUGUCAAGCUAUAGAACCACCGUUAAAUACUUAUUUUUAAACAGUUGUUAUAAUGUGUUUUCUCUUUGUGGCGUUGUAGGCGUUAGAGUUUGUUUGUUUGUUUGUUGUCUUUUGGGGUGCCCAACUACCACCGUGAACGGAAGCCAGAGUGCCUUUUUCCAGCUUUAAAUUCACUCGCUCAGAGAAUUAAAACGCAAUCAAACACAUUUAGACUGUAAUAAGUUUUUAUUUUUUCACUUUAGGAGCAAUCAAGCAAAAACCUGCUGUAAUUGUGUGAACUCUAAUUUAAUUUUUAGGAUGUUCAUUCAUCCAUAAAAUCAUGAUUUUCUUUUUUCAAUUAGUGUGAUUCUUUUCAUUAUGUUUUCAUGCAUAAGUUGUCUGACCCUAGCACAUCUAAAGAUUGUCACAGAUUGGCGUGUUGUUGGAUAGGCUCAAUACUACCGUGCACAUUCUUUUAUCUUUUUAUAUAAUUGGUAAAGCUUACUUGUAGUACUUGUAUUGCUGAUGUGUUUUAUAGAUAUAAUAAAUUGUCAGAUUAAUCUA